AUGUCGGACGAGAAAGCAGUGAUUUCAAAGGAGGAUAUUAAGCCUUUUUUUGAUAAGCAUCGGUCGAUUCCUGCUAAUAGAGCAUGUUUUGACUGUAAUGCUAAGAACCCGACGUGGUCGUCGGCCACCUUUGGCGUAUUCAUCUGUCUCGACUGUUCGUCGGUCCAUCGUAAUCUCGGUGUUCAUGUCAGUUUUGUACAAAGUACUAACAUGGACAACUGGUCAGUUGGUAACUUGAGAAAUAUCCGAAUUGGUGGUAAUAAAUCGGCCCGGGACUUUUUCGCUAAGAAUGGAGGUUCGCAAUAUCUUGUCAAUGGAGCCAAUGCAAAAGAUAAAUAUACAAGUCGUACAGCCAGUCUGUAUUUAGACGAACUUCGUCGUCGGGCAUUAUCAGACUCAGUCAAGUUCCCCAACGAGGCGGUUCUCGAUACUUCGAAUCUGGUGGGUGAAUCUCUUGGAGGUGGCUCGUCUUCGUCUCUCUCACUCAAUGAUACUAAUGGUGACGAUGCCAGUUCGUCUAAAGACAGUUUCUUUGCUAAUUGGGAUAAACCUCUCGUCAAGAAACCCACCCCUCCAGUAUCCAGAUCCUCGACUCCUGGAGCCGGCAUCUCUCGAGGUGUAUCACCAGCUGUCAACAGUGGUAACUCAUCUACCACUACUAGUAAUAGUACGACUACGACUGCUACUACAUCCAGUAAUCGUAUUUUGUCGAGCAAAAAAACCACUUCUUCCAGCUUGGCAUCGUCAUCGGCCAGAAAAACCAAUAUUCUCGGAGGUGGAGCCAAACGACCUACUAAGUUGGCGGCCAAGAAACUGGGCGCUGAUGAUCUGGAUUUCGAUAAAGCCGAACGUGAAGCAAAGGAAGAACAGGAACGAAUUGCUAAACUGGGAUAUAAUCCUAAUGAUACAAAGAAUGGUUCAUCUGGAGCAGUUUCUAGCGGACUUGGUAGUACAUCAGCAGCAGGCAAAACCAGUCUUUCAUAUGACGAAGAGCCACUUCCAGCCUCGCUGGCAUCUCCUGCUUUGAACAGUUCAUCCACAUCAUCAUCCAAAGUCGAAGAUACUCGUCAAGCAUUUGUCAAGCUCGGAUUUGGCCAGACGUCUGCUGGUCCUAAAAAGACUGCCAGUCCCCAGACAUCGACUCCCAGUAUCACGCCUGCUCCAUCUGCCAGUUCAUACUCGAGCUCGGCCAAUUCUGAAGUCGUGAAUAAAUACGGCAACCAAAAAAGCAUUUCAUCCGACGAAUUCUUCGGCCGCAAUUCGUACGAUCCCAGUGCCCAAGCCGAAGCACGCACCCGUCUUCAAGCGUUUGACGGUGCUACUUCCAUUUCCUCGAGCAGUUACUUCGGCCGCGACGAGGACGAAGAGGCCGAAAUGCGCCAAUCCGCCAGCGGCGAGUUCGCAUCCGUCGAACGGGUGGCCCAAGACAUCGCUGACCGAGUCAAAGGCAUCGCUGGUGAAGACAUGACCGUGCUCAAAGACGCUAUCGAGCAGGGCGCGUCCAAGCUCAGCGAUCUAAUGAGAGAAUAUUUACGUUGA